AUGAAACAGAGGAAGAAGGAGGAGGAGGAGGUGGAGGAGGAGGAGGAGGAGGAGAAGGAGAAGACGAGAAGCUUGGAAGAAAAGUAUAAGAAGAGGGAGGGAGAAGGGAAAAAAGAGAAGUGGAGAAGAGAAGAAGGCAAAAGGAAGAAGGGAAGAAAGAAAGAGAGAAAAGAAGAAAAGCAAAGGAGAGGGGGAUGGCGGCAGAUAUUAAAGAUUAUGCGAGGGACAGAAAGUGAAAGAGAAGAGAAUGGGAAACAAGCAAUAAGAAACGGAAAGGGGAAGGGCAAUAACCGGCCGCGCUGCUGCUGGACGGAGUCACUGGAAGGACAUAGCGAGAGGCAAAGAAGACAGCAGAAGGCGAGGCAAGGUGGGAAAGUUAAUUAA